AUGUCAGACGACAAGACAGAUGAAAACUAUAAUGAAUUUAUCAAAGAAUAUGGGGAAAGGUAUAUUGCAAAAUUUGGAUGUUAUUAUGAUCACGAAUUUGAUUCUGAUAAAAUGGUAAAAAUACUUAUUCAAGCUAAAAAGAAAAAUGUGUCUGAUUUUAUUACUGCAUUUAGUGAUUAUCUUAGUUAG